UGUCAGGCUGCCGGACGGAAGGGCAAGUGCCACGAUCACGGUGGCUGGGAAUACUGUUCGCUUUCUGGCUGUGUCAUUGGUGCGGAGGAGAACGGCUUUUGUGUCUGGCAUGGAGGCUUCAAGCAAUGCAAGACGGAAGGAUGCGACGAAAAAUACCCGAAAUGUUCCAGGUUGGCAUUCUCCGGAGGAAGAUGUCGUGCGCAUGGCCCUCGAUGCGAGUACCCAGGAUGCGGGAAGCAUGUGGCGUUGAAGGGAAACUGCCUCAAGCACGGAGGAGGGACCAGGUGUUGCGAGCCGGAAUGUGAAAGGUGCGCCGUGUCUGAAGGUAAAUGCGCUGCGCAUGCUGGAAGGGUUAAAUGCUGGUACCCAGGAUGUGUCAACGCUGGCAAGUCUGACGGCAGUUGCAUGGUGCACGCCAAUGAGUCUCGAUGCUCUCGUGUCAACUGCCACAAUGCUGCGGUCUCAGAAGGAAAGUGUGCUUUCCAU